GCCAAAUAUUGGAAGAGAUGUCAGAAGAUUCAGAAAAGGAAGACUAUUCAGACAGAGCAAUCAGUGAAGAUGAAUCAUAGCCAUGGCUCUGACAGUUCAGAAUCCAGUGACUCUCAGACUGAUCUUCUCAAGUUAAGUUCUCAGAUAAAAAACAAGAAAAAACAUCUGAAAACAAAGAAGGAAAGAAACUCUACCAUAGCAAGCCAUUAGAGGAGAGCAAGAGGUAAACAUUGAUAUGGUUGUUAACAGUUGUUGGAAAAAAAACAAGAAUGGCAAGUUAUUUCCUCUUAUACCCAGGAAGACUUCAUGAUUUUUCCCCAGCUUCCAGCUCAAUGAUACUCCAGAAGAGUGCAGCCAAGGACACAGGGUCUGCUCUCCCCACAGAUGCCAGCCAGAGAGCUGUCUUCCCACGAAGGGCAGGGCUUGCGUAUUUCUUAUCCUGUCUCCAGCUGCCUGUUGUUGAAGCGAAGUUCCAGGUUUGUGAAAAAGGACAUUUAGUUCAAAGACACAAAGAAUCAAAUUCUGAUGUGACAGAUCUGCAGUACAACUUAAAAAGCAAUAUGAAAGAAUGUCCAUCUUUCCAAAGCAAGAAGCCUGGAGUAAACUGGACAGAUGAUGAAAAAAGAAUCUACAGGGAUAAAAAAAAAAUAGCUGAAACUCAAGAAAUAUAGCAGUAUUUGCUCCCCAUCAUGAAAAUCACUAAAAAUGUGCAAACUACUCAGAGAAAACAGAUACUCAAUCCAAGAACCAACUUUCAAAUCCAACAUAAACUAAACCCAUCUACUUACAUAAAGAAAUACAGCACAUCUUGGACACCACCAAGAACUGCCCCUUUGAUAAGCCAAAGGACUCUUAUGGUAAGCACCUCAGAAUGGCUCCAGUCUGUGUCCCAGAAGUCAUUUGAAAGUUUGUCACCUCUCAAAGGGCCCAAGAAGAGGAAAAAACAUUCUCGAGUCAAGGCCACAAAGACUAAAUACAUGAAACCUGACAGCAGCAAAUGGGAGACUACUCCCUCAAGUUCUGAGAAGGAUGCAGACAAGAGUCUGCAAGCUGAAGAAUCCAACCAGCAAGACUCUAUGCAAACAGCCCCCCAUCCAACUAAAAAUAAGGGAGAGCAACCAAAAAAGAAGGAUGGACAACCCACCUUUCGUUUGAAAUUGCAAAGGGACAAAUAAUCUAGCUUUAUGCUGCUUUUUGAAAACUGUGGAUGAAAGAUAACAUACGCUUACACAGUAAAAAGAAAGAAAAAGAAAAGCCCUCCUGGUCCUUCUAUCCCUAUCCCACCCCCUACAUGUUCAUGUGCAUGUACUAAACUACAGAUUUUAGAUAUUCCAUCUUCUUUAGUUGGAACAUCUUUCAGAGAGUUAAAAGGAAAUCCAGAGAAAAUAUAGAAAAUUAAAAAUCACUCUGAUAUUUAUAUUUAAUUUUUGUCAAGAUGAAAAAAAAAUCUGAGAACUUUUGAUUUCUUCUGAAAUGACUUA